AUGUCCGGACUUCGGCAGCUGGUGUCUCUCAACUUCGAAGUCUGUGCCACGUAUGGCACCAUCGUGCACGAACUGUUGCACGUCCUUGGACUCUGGCAUGAACAGUCGCGUGCUGACCGCGACCGAUACGGGGAGAAUGGAAAACUAGGAGUCGUCCGCGUGGCCGCGAAGGGCGAGACCUUCUCUUUCUGCCUCAAGUAUUUCCCUUCGUUCAAGAUGCUACCAGAAGAUAAAUCGGAAGCGGAGCCCCGACAGCUGGUGAACAUGACUGCUCAGGACGGGUGCCUGCCACUGCGCAAGAUCAACCUGACCAACAAGGUGGCGCUCAUUCGGGACUUAGGGCACUGCCCACUCGAGACUGUUGCCAAGAACUUCCGGGAAGUCAAGGCCUACGGUCUAGUUGUAGGCCUCUCCGGCAGCAAACUCGACGACGUAGUCUACGAAAGGCAGUCAUCUGAGUCCCUCGACAUUGUUGUCGGAUUCGUCAACAGAAGGAGCUUAUCAAAGUUGAUGAAGCUGAUGACACCGAAGGAACCGCUGCCCACUCAACUGUUCACAAAGGAGCCUGAAGUCGACAAAGGGCUCCUCAUUGUUUGGUGUAUCGCUACUUUCAGCGUUGCCAUGGGCGCUUUGUGGGCAGGAAUCAUCAGUAACCAGCUGUAA